GAUUACUUUCUAUUUCUAUCGUAGUUCGAUACAUCCUAAGUAGGAAUGUUUUUAAUAGUAAAAAUACGAUCAUCUAAUUUUCAUAGAUCUCUUUAAGAAAAUCCGUUGUUUUUUUAUCAAAUUCAUUGUACAGUUCCGGUAUGUAUGUAAAUACUAGAUAUAUCUUCUUCCUGUUCUUAUAAGAGAAGAAUUCCAUGUAAAGUUGACGUUCAAUGAAUGUAGAUGUAUCCGCGCUUCGUUAGACAUGAAAACGUCAAAGGAAAUGUUUUAAAAGUUUUCACGAAAGUUCGAUCAAUUAAUCACAUAUUUUUAUCUUCAAAUGGUCUAGAUACAAAUCUAUACAUAAUGCAGAAUGAAAAACGCCUUGAUGCAUGAAUACAGAAAGAAUGAUUAUCUGUAAACUGAUAACUAAUCGACAAAGAAAUAAAAUUAUCACAAAUAUAACAAAAGUAUAAUCAGAUAAUUCGUAAUAGUGAUUAGACAAGAGAUUGAUAUUUUGAUUUUGUUGAUUAUUUUUAAUAAAAAAGUAUAAUAGAUAAGAUAAUAGAUAAGCUUAUUCAAUUUAACCAUGCAAGCAUUCGUAAGAUGGUUAUUUAUUUCUUUUUAAAACGUGACAGAAAUAUCUUGAAUAUCUGUUGAAAAAGCAUAGCGUUCUAAAAAAGAGGAAAUAUAUAUGUAGCUAUUAUAUAUAGAGUUUUGUAUCUGUUAUAUAAAUCAGUGUGAGUGAAAUUAAUAUGAAAGCUAUUCGACAACCGUUUGGUGUUUUUAUACAAAAGACAUUCUUCUAUGCAUAAGGUUAUGAGUGUAAUCAUCAUGUAGUUUAACAUAAAAAUGAUGUCUCAUAUCGUAGCUCUGAGUUCUAUACGAAGACGAUGUAUUAUCAUAUUGUCAAUAGUAUUAGUGCCAUGUACCAUUUUAAAUCUUUUGUCCUCAUCGGAUUUGCACGAAGAAACAAUGUUGCAGAAUAAUAUCGCUGAAUUACAAGUAAAGCUUGAACAUUUACAUGCCAAGUAUAUCAGUAGCCAGGAAGAAAUAAAUAUAUUAUCACAUCAAUUACUACAAUUAGUAGAAAGCAAUCAUAUUUUACCUGAUCUUCAAUAUCUGAUCAAUAAUGGUACAUCUAAUAUAACAAAUAUAAAAUUACCAUCUAUAUACAACUUUCUUCCACAUUUUUUAAAUGAUCCGAAUAGUUUGCGUCCUGCAUUCAUACAAAGCAAAGGACGUUCCGGAGUAAGCAUGGUAUUAGGUAUACCAACUGUUAAAAGAGAAGUGCAGAGCUAUUUAAUGGCUACAUUAAAAAAUUUAAUAGAUCGUAUGAGCCCUGCAGAAAUACUUGAUACCUUGAUAAUAGUAUUAGUAGCUGAAACAGAUUUGGAUUAUGUGACUUAUGUUGCAAAGCAAAUUGAAGUACAAUUUCCAAAUGAAUAUGAAACUGGAGUAAUUGAUGUGAUAUCUCCGUCUUCAUCAUAUUAUCCACAGUUAUCUAAAUUGCGAGAUACUUUAGGAGAUGAUCAUCAACGUGUGGUUUGGAGGUCAAAACAAAAUCUGGAUUUUGCAUUUCUCAUGUCAUAUGCUCAGACAAAAGGAAUGUUUUAUAUACAACUAGAAGAUGAUAUUUUAGCUAAAAAAAAUUUUAUAACUACUAUGAAAUCAUUUGCUUUACAAAAAGUUAGCACAAAAGAGAAUUGGUUUGUAUUGGACUUUUGUCAAUUGGGAUUUAUAGGAAAAUUAUUUAAAUGUGUGGAACUGCCAUGGUUAAUCCAAUUUUUUCUAAUGUUUCAUAAUGAUAAACCUGUAGAUUGGCUAUUAGAUCAUUUAAUUUCAACAAAAGUGUGCAGUCUCGAUAAAGACAGUAAACAUUGUAAGAUGGCUAAAGCAGAACUCUGGAUACAUUAUAAGCCUUCACUUUUUCAACAUAUAGGAACACAUUCUUCGUUGAAAGGGAAAGUACAAAAACUUAAGGAUAAACAAUUCGGCAAAAUUACUUUAUACUAUGCACAUGAAAAUCCGGAUGCAAUGGUGGAAACUCGAAUUAAACCAUACAAACAAUAUACAUUGCAAAAAGCCUAUAAAGGAGAAUCAUUCUUUUGGGGGCUAUUACCGCAACCAGGAGAUCACCUAAAAUUUAAAUUUACACAUUCUAUUUUUAUAAAAAGGUACUUAUUUAGAAGUGGAAAUCCCGAACAUCCAUCUGAUAGAUUUUAUAAUACAACUGUUGAAGUGUUACCUGAAAUGUUUAAAUUUAUAGAUAGAAAUAAUAAUGAUAUAACAGAAGAUGGUUAUAUUAUUAUAGGUAAAUUUGAUGCUCUUGGAAUUGCUCAAGGAACAGUAGACAAAAAAUAUGGAAGAAUAUCUGUUCUCAGAUUGACUGUGCAUAGUGAAAGCGAAAAUUGGGCCAUUUUAUCUGAGAUUCAUAUAGUAGAAGAUCAACCAAGCUGACCCUUGGAUCAAGAAUUUCAUCAAUAUUUUCGGUAUCAUUUGCAUGGCUAAAAUGCUUGAGCUAUUCUUUAGUUAUUAAAAUUUUCAUAGUUGCUAAAUUAUAUUGAUUUAUUUUAACAGCAUUAUGUGCCAAGUAGAUCACUGAUAAAUUCUAGACAAAAUAUUGUGAUUCGUUUAUGCGUGCUAUAUAUAAAAUAUUGUUAAAUUAUUACAUUUCUGCAAUUGUUCAAAAUUUUACACAUUAGUAAACAUAUAUAAAGAAAUGUGAUCUACAGUGCAAAGUGGUACUGUAUUAAACUUUAUUUCUACUUA